AGAGAGAGAGAGAGAGAGAGAGCGAGUAAGUUAGAACAGUGUGAGUGGGCUGAUGUGUCACUGUCCUCUCAAAACAAAGCGGAGGUCUCCAUCCAAAAUAAGAGCGUUGGAAAUCAUCAGCUGAUCAGCCAUGCGAUUUGUCAGCAUGCAGCAUCGUGAGCGGAGGGCAGCGGAGCCAGAGGAGGAGCCUAAACCCCCUCCCCUGCCCCCUCCCUCUCAUCACUCCCAUAACUUUAUAAAUAUGAAGAACAAGUUUUUUAAUGAGCUUGGGCACUUACCAAACCACAAGAUCAGAAUGCCCAUGUGGGCUAUUGGAGCCAUAGUUGUGGUUGUGCUUGCCUUGGUAGGCUGCUUUGCUUUCUGCAUCUAUAAGAAGUGCUUGGGAGGGAAGAAGAAAGCAAAAAAAGUCAGAGAAAGGAAGGGAGGACGCAGAAGGGUGAAAAAGGAGGGAGAGGAAGAAGCAGGAGAGGAACAAAAUAAGGAGGGAGAAGCCGAGGGUGAGAAAGAGUUUUAUGGAAAGUUGGAGUACUCUCUGGAUUAUAACUUCACUGAAAAUCAGCUCAUUGUUGGCAUUUUGCAAGCCCAAGACCUUCCUGCCAUGGAUAUAGGUGGAACCUCUGACCCCUAUGUCAAAGUUUAUAUGCUACCAGACAAGAAAAAGAAAUUUGAGACUAAAAUCCAGCGCAAGAAUCUGUGUCCUGUUUUCAAUGAGACGUUCAUCUUCAAGAUCCCUUUUAAUGAUCUAGCUGGACAGACCCUGGUCCUGCAGGUGUUUGACUUUGACCGCUUUGGUAAACAUGAUGUAAUUGGAGAGAUCAAAAUCCCCAUGAACAGUAUAGAUCUGGGCCAGCCCAUACAUGAAUGGAGAGACCUGGUUGGAGGAGAGAAAGAGGAGCAAGAAAAGCUGGGUGACAUCUGUAUCUCCCUGCGCUAUGUGCCCACCUCAGGGAAGCUCACUGUCUGUAUCAUGGAAGCCAAGAACCUCAAAAAGAUGGAUGUGGGUGGUUUAUCAGAUCCCUUUGUGAAAAUAGUGUUGCAACACAAUGGAAAGCGUAUUAAGAAGAAGAAGACAACCGUUAAGCAGAACACACUGAACCCCUACUUUAAUGAGAGCUUCAGCUUUGAAAUUCCCUUCGGUCAGAUACAGAAGGUCCAGGUGCUGAUCACUGUCUAUGAUUAUGAUAAACUGGGAAGCAACGAUCCGAUUGGGAAGUGCUGGAUCGGGUUCGGUGCUAGUGGGGUGGGUCUGCGCCAUUGGUCAGACAUGCUAGCCAAUCCCAGACGUCCUGUGGCACAGUGGCACACCCUUCAGCCUGAAGAAGAAGUAGACGCUGCCCUCAAGGCACCUAUCCGCUAAAUACCUGUACUUCUCCACCCCUUUAAAUAAAAGUUUUAAAAAUAACAUUUUUGCGUCUUAAAAUACACAGUUGACUUUCUGGCUUACUUAAGAUUAUUGUAUUCAUUGGAUGGUGUUUGCAACACUCUGGUGUACACAAAUCUGUAUUUUCAACUAAACAUCUAUAACUUUUGGCAACACACUAUUUAAAUCUACCACUAACUCCAAUUUGUCUUUUCACUAAGAAUUAUUUUUGAGAGAUUUUGAGACAUUACAUUCCGUACCAUUAUGGUUUCAGAGAAUGUUUUUUUUCUAAACGUUAUUAUGUAUAUUAUGAUCAUCUGGAUUGUGUUUAUGUAAAUGUCUGUAUGUGGAUGAUGACUUUGUUUUGUGUUGGAUGUUUGUUUGUAUUUGUCUAUAAUUGCAUGAGAACUGUCCUGAUUUGCCUCGUCUUUCUGUGAAUCAAGACACCUAUAAAUGCAACCAC